UGGAGUGUACAUCAGCAGCCGACUACAGACACAGCCAUGAACUCAGCCGUCAUUGCUUUCCUCACCUGCCUGCUUGUCCUCUGUGUACAAGGACAACCAGGCCACAGUUCUAGUAAAUGCAUGUGUUAUAGUUAUGUCGGCCCGAUCCACCGAAGGUUCAUCAAGGGAAUACCAGUCAUACACAACCCAAGUAUCUACUGUUCAAAGACAGAGAUUAUUAUCACAACAACAGCAGAUGACCAGAAGUGUGUGGAUCCAGAGUCACGGCUGGGAAAACACAUUCUUGAAAAAAUGAGCAAGUUGAGGAAGAACAGAGCUGCGAGCACGACGACCGCUUCCAGCCAAACUAGUACUCAGAGCUCAAUCAGUCUCCACACUACCUCCACCAUGUAGAGCUGCUGUAUCUUCACUGAAACCCUGAAUCAGCUGUUUCUCAUUGCUGUCAACAUAUAAAUACUUUUAUAAAUAUUUUUUCUGUAACUUAAAUUGUAAUUAUGUAUAUAUAUGAAAUACAUCAUUUAUAUUUAUGUUUAAUAUUUUGGAACGGAAAAUAAAACUUUUGA